AAAUGACUCAAUGAGUAGCAAUAAAAAGGACCCAAGUGAAAGUGUUUUUGGGGAUUUGGUAAGGACUAAGAUGGCAAAAAAUGGGGUUUAGACUUAACUACUAGUGUGAUCAAUAAAAAGAGAAACAAAAACAUUGGCCUUUUAAGAAGAAAAAGCUUUGGAAACUACUAAGAUUUGAUUGAAGUCUAAAAUUCUAAAAGACUGAAACUUUCUUCAAUGGCACAGUUUCAGAGUACACCCAGUAAUGAAAAGCUAACAGGUGGAGCAAGUGAUGAACUGUAUGCAGAGCUAUGGAGGGCAUGUGCAGGGCCUUUGGUGGAUGUUCCACAAUUAGGAGAAAAGGUUUUUUACUUUCCACAGGGUCACAUGGAACAAUUGCAAGCAACAACAAAUCAAGAAUUGAAUCAACAAAUUCCACCCUUCAAUUUGCCUUCAAAAAUAUUUUGUCAAGUUGUGAACAUUCAACUAAAGGCUGAGGCAGAAACAGAUGAAGUAUAUGCACAAAUAAUAUUAGUUCCUGAAAAAGAUCAAAAUAACUUUAAAAGCUGUGAUUCAUGUUUACCUGAGCCUCAAAGACCAAAGGUUCAUUCAUUCUGUAAGAUUUUAACUGCUUCCGAUACGAGCACUCAUGGUGGAUUCUCGGUCCUUCGAAAGCACGCCAACGAGUGUUUGCCGCCUUUGGAUAUGAACCAGCCAACUCCGACCCAAGAACUUGUUGCCUCGGACCUUCAUGGGUAUGAGUGGCAUUUCAAACAUAUAUUUAGAGGUCAGCCUCGUAGACAUUUGCUUACAACGGGGUGGAGUACAUUUGUUACUUCUAAACGUUUAGUUGCCGGAGAUGCAUUUGUUUUCCUAAGAGGUGAUAACGGAGACUUGAAAGUCGGUGUAAGGCGGCUUGUUCGUCAACAAAGCCCUAUGCCUCCGUCUGUCAUUUCGAGCCAGAGUAUGCAUCUCGGGGUUCUUGCAACUGCACACCAUGCUGUCAAAACGCAUACUGUGUUCACUGUUUACUAUAAGCCGAGGUCAAGCCAGUUCAUUGUCGGAGUUAAGAAGUUCCUCGAGGCUAUGGAUCAUAGAUUCUCGAUUGGCAUGCGUUUCAACAUGAGAUUUGAGGGAGACGACACACCCGACAGAAGGUUUACUGGUACCAUUGUCGGGAUUGAAGAUGUCUCACCUCAGUGGUCGGGUUCUAAAUGGCGCUCACUAAAGGUUCAAUGGGAUGAAGCUGUUUCAUUUCAAAGGCCCGACAAGGUUUCUCCAUGGGAGAUAGAACCCUUUGUUGCUUCGAUUCCUAUCAAUCGUACUCUGCCACCUAUGGCAAAAACCAAGAGAUCACGACCUAGUGAUAUCUCGAUUCCCGAAACCGUUGGUGGGUCUGGUGCAUCGAAUUUUUGGUUCGGAUCAUCCCGUACUCCUGAUUUUAACAGUAUCGGGAACAAGCAAGACGGGAUUUGGACUGCUCACGGAAGAAAUCAAAUGAGGUUCUUUACCGACAACAAAGAUGAUAACAAAGCCUCUCCUGUUCAGUCAUGUUUAACACCUUCUGGCUAUUCGUGUGUUACGAUUUCAAGGCUUGAUGCCGAUCACAAAGAGCUAGUGAAUGAUAGUGGAAAAUCAACUGGUAGUUGUCGGUUGUUUGGAAUUGAGCUGAGAAACAGCGCAUACGUAGCUCCGACCCUGGAGAAGGUAAGUGACUGCCCUGAAAACUUGUCGACUGUGGAAAAAAAACAGGAAAUAGAAACAGGAAAGACCAAUGAGAUUCAGAAUUCUGUAGUCGUGGAACCGAGUCAAGUCAUCAUUGAUUUGGCUCAAAAGGAAGCACAAACUAAGCAAUACUCUCAACCUUCCGCUAGGAGUCGCACUAAGGUACACAUGCAAGGUGUUGCGGUUGGUCGUGCUGUAGAUUUGACAAUAUUGGAGGGAUAUGGUGAACUAAUUGAUGAGCUAGAAAGAAUGUUCGAUAUUAAGGGGGAACUUCAAACCCGAGAUAAGUGGGCUGUUGUUUUCACUGAUGAUGAAGGUGAUAUGAUGCUCGUAGGCGAUGAUCCUUGGCAGGAGUUUUGUACUAUGGUUAGAAAAAUCUUCAUCUACACUAGCGAAGAAGUGAAGAAAAUGAGUAGCAAAAAUAGGGUUUCUUCACCGGUAACCGAUGACGAAACUGUUCUAAGCCUAGGAUCCGAGCAGAAGUCUGACUGAUCGAUGGCAUAUGGUUAGGUAAUAAUGUCUUCAUUUUGAAGAGGCUAGGUCUUGGAUUGUGAUGGAAACCCGUAAACAGGGUUUUUGAUUAGUCGGUGCUAAAAUUGUCUAUAACUUGUCGAUUUCUCCCUUUUGGUGUGCGAUUUGGUUUGCUAGCUUGUAAUAUAAAUUUGGUUGAAUACUUGAUUGUGGUUUGGACUUUGAACAAUUUGAUGAGUUUAGAACUUCGAUUC